AUGCGGCCCAGACAGGGCCCGGGUGCGGCCCAGACUGCUGAGCCUCCUUUCAUGCUUUCUGCUGCGAUUGCAAAGGCCCCGUUGCCGCUGAGUUCGUCUGAGCGCAUGAAGACGGCGCUGGGCUGGGUGGUGGGGCUGGGCCUGCUCAUCGCCGUCAUGUCCGCCAUCGUCAUAGGCAACCGGCAGCAGCAGAAGAUGGAGCAGCAGCAGCAGCACUCAGACGCAGGCAGCAACCUGAGCAGCAACAGUCCAUCGCCAGCUAAAAGGAAGGGAUCAAAAAAGAGAGGAAAUGAUGAUCACCAGAACUCGGGGAAGUACUUGGACGAGCUGACGAACACGGCGGACUACGUGAGCUACCGGCUGGCGUGCCACAAGGAGGACUACCUGGAGCAGCACUCGCCCCCCAUUCACCCACCGCUCUCCUUCCUGCCCCAGAACCCCACCCCCCAGCACCUGGGCCUGGGAGACAGCGCCGCCUCCACCGCAGCAGCCACCGCCGCCGCCUUCAAGUUCCCCGCCCCCGUACCCGGCCCCGGCAACGGCCCCGGGACCAGCACCGGCACCGGCACCCUCCAACGCCCGGGCCACGGCCACGGCCACGGCCACGGCCACAGCAACCUGCACGGCUCCACCAGCAUGCCUGCCUACACCUUCCCAAAGGAGCACCUCUACCUCUUACUGCCUGCCUCAGGUCUGGAGAUCCUGGACCCGGGGGAGGUGGUGUACAUUGAGAACAGGAUGAACGGCGUGGUGACAAAAGGCGUCAUCCUGGAGUGCGGCUCCGUGCUGCCCGACGUCUACAUCUGGGGCUACACCCAGCCAGGGACCCCCACCAUCCGCGCGGUGGCCUACAACUUCGGCAAAGGGCCCAAGCUGCAGAAACUGGCCAAAACCCUGGGGGACCUGAGCAUCAUCAGGAACAGUGCCUCCAUAUCUAUUGCCAAGCUGCCCCUUGCUGCAGAGGGACUUUACACAUGUCAGGCUCUCUACGACACGCCGCAGGGCGCCAAACUCAUCUACUACUAUAUACACCUGCGUGUCUUAGUGCCAGUGACAAGGCCGUACAUUGUCCUGAGUGACUCCUCUCCCAAGGAGAACCAUCAGAUGUGGAUGCGCUGCGGCCUUGAGAAUGGCACGGGGCCCGUCACCUACAUGUGGGAGCAUACGUCCCCGCUGUACAACACCACGGGCAUCAUGGCACAGGGCACCAACAGCCUGGUCAACAUCACCAAGGUGAACCGCAACUUCACGGGCUGGUACCGCUGCCUGGCGCGCAACCAGGUGAACCAGGCCAGCAGCGACCGCACCUGGCUCGAUAUCAUCUUUGGACCAGACGUGCCUAAUAUUGAAAUCACACCGUACUCUGUGACGGAGCGAGGCUACUCCGCACUGGAGAAGGAGACGGUCACCCUUAUGUGUCAGGCCUCCUCCAAUCCUGCCAGUGAGUACGUCUGGUUCUACAACAACUCCCAGGUGUACAUGGGCCCGACGUACACCAUCACCAGGAUACUGCGGAUGCACACAGGCCACUAUGCUUGCCUAGCUCAAAACACGUACCUCAACACCCGCUCCAGGAAAAGCAUCACUCUGACCGUCUACUAUGCACCCGAGGGAGGUCCGUCGUGUACAAUUCGUCCGACCAACAACUACACCGCCCUGAGUCUGACGUGUCUGUGGGAGGGGGGACUACCCCAUGCUUCCCUACACUGGAGUUCAUCCAUUCCCGGGGUGGUUCGAAAAAGUCCCAGAAAUGCCACCCUCGUCCAGACAGGCCCUGGCACCGGAAACAACACCGUGUUCAUGUGUUACGCCUCCCACGUGGCCCUGAACGCGUCCAGAAGCUGCCUCACCCGGACAUGGCAUCCACCCGGAGAGCCCCAAUGUUAUGCCUACGCCACACGCAACAACGAGUACCUGAUGUUCUCCUGCUCCUGGGAGGGAGGCAAUCCCAGAGCCCUGCUGUGGUGGUCCUCCAACACGGGAGAGACCCACGGCAAGUCCGAGGAGAACUCCAACAUCCUGAUACUGCGCUCCAGCUACACCUACAGCGGCAAGUCGUUUGUGUGUCAAGCUCAGCAUCCGCUGUUUGCAGAGAGGAAGCAGUGCACUAUAAAGCUGGUGCCAGUGGAGGGCCCGUCCGUCGUCCUGCGUGACUCCUCCCCGGUGGCGGAGGGCUCCUCCCUGCUGAUGGACUGCGCCCUUAAGAAUGGCAGCGAGCCUAUCACCUACAUCUGGGAGCAGGAGGACAGGGGCGGUGCCGUCAGCAUCCUGGCAGAGGGCAACAGCAGCCGGCUGCACGUGUCUUACGUUACCCGCAACCACACGGGCUGGUACCGCUGCCUGGCCAGCAACGAAGUCAACCAGGUGCUCAGCGAACGCUUCUGGCUGGAUGUCUUCUUUGGACCAGAUCCGCCUCAGAUCGACAUAAGGCCCCACUCUGUCACAGACAAAGGCUUCUUUGCCUUGGAGAAGGCAACAGUCUGGCUGAUGUGCCAGGCCUCCUCCAACCCCUUGAGCGAGUACGUGUGGUUCUACAAUAACUCCCUGGUCGACACAGGACCCAUACUCACCAUCGCGUACAUCUCGCGGAGACAGGCUGGUCUCUACACUUGCCUCUCCGAGAACAAGUACAUCAACACCAGCUCUGAGAGUACCGCCACGCUCUCUGUGUACUAUCCGCCUGAUGACUAUCCGCGCUGUACCAUCUACCCCACCAACAACUACACUGACCUGAGUCUCUGGUGCUCAUGGGGAGGAGGACUCCCCCAUGCCUCUCUGCACUGGACACCGUUCCCCACUGGGGUGAUCAUGAGCCAGGGCUAUGCCAACGCCACCCUCGUCCACAGGGGCCCUGGCACUGUAAACAACACAGUCUUCAUGUGUCACGGCUCCCACGCGGCCCUGAAUGUGUCAAGAAGCUGCAGCGCCAGGACGUGGUAUCCUUCAGGAGAGCCACAGUGCUACGCCAAUGCCACUCUGGACAGUGAGUCCCUGCUGCUGUCCUGCUCCUGGGAAGGGGGCUUACCCAGCGCUCUGCUGUGGUGGACAUCAGACUCUGGAGACACCCUGAAAGAGGAGGAGAGCACCAAUAACCUCAUGCUGCCCUCCAACAUCACACACCACAUCAGGAGCUUCACCUGUCACGCCCAGCACCCGCUACUCGCAGAGAGGAGAGAGUGUGUGCUGCAGCUGGAGCCACCUGAUGGGUCUCCAUCAUGCACCAUUCUCCCCACCAACAACUACACUGACCUGACCCUGUGGUGCUCAUGGGAAGGGGGAUACCCCCACGCCUCCCUGCACUGGAGCCCGUUCCCAGCAGAAGAGGACGGCAAGGGCUACUCCAACGCCAUCCAUAUCCAGAGAGGGCCUGAAACAGCAAACAACUCAGUGUUUGUGUGUCAUGGAUCCCAUGUCACCCUGGAAACAAGCAAGAGCUGCACCACCAGAGCAUGGUCUCCUCCAGGGGAGCUCCUGUGCUCCGCAAACGCCAGUCUCACCCAUGAGCACCUGGUGUUGUCCUGCUCCUGGGGGGGCGGCUUUCCUAGAGCACUGCUGUGGUGGACAUCAGACUCCGGAGAUGAAGAAGACACAGCAGCGGUGGGGGAGUAUGAGGAGAGCUCCAACACGCUGCUGUUGUCUGCCAGCGCCGGCUACGGUGGCCGGGCCUUUGUGUGUCAGGCUCAACACCCACUGUCUGCCGAGCGGAAAAAGUGUGCUGCCGUGCCGGUGGCAAGGCCUUCCCUGGUGUUCAGCGACAGCUCUCCGGCCGAGGGAUCGUCGGUGUGGCUACGCUGUGACCUGGGAAAGGGCACUGAACCCAUCAGGUACCUGUGGGAGCAGGAGCACAGCAAUGGCACGACCAGUGUCCUGGCACGGUCCUACAGUAACCUGGUGAAUGUCACCUUGGUCACGCGUCACCACGCCGGGUGGCACAAGUGCACGGCCAGUAAUGAGGUCAACCGAGAACAAAGUCAACGUGUAGCACUGAAUGUCAUCUACGGUCCAGACGUGCCUGGCAUCGGGGUCAGCCCGCGUUCGGUGGCGGAACGAGGCUACUCAGCCCUGGAGAGGCAGACGGUGUCCCUGCAGUGCCAGGCGUCCUCCAACCCCCCCAGCCGGUACGUCUGGUUCUACAACAACUCCCAGGUGCACAUGGGACAAACGCUGACCAUCGCCAAGAUCCCCCGGAGCCGCACGGGCCGCUACACCUGCCUGGCGCAGAACACGCGGCUCGACACGCGCUCCAAGAACAGCGUCACCCUCACUGUUUACUAUCCACCCGAUGGAGCUCCCUCAUGUGACAUCCUGCCCAUCAACAACUACACUGACCUGGCCCUCCUCUGCUCAUGGGAGGGGGGAUAUCCCCAGGCUGUCCUGCGCUGGACCCCACCGCUGCUAGUAGGUGUCGGCGGAGAGGGUAGCGGCAACGUCAGCUACAUCCAGACAGGCCGCCGCACAGCAAAUAACUCCGUGUUCGUGUGUCAAGGCUCCCAUGUUGCCCUCAAUGCAUCAAGAAGCUGCAAAACCAAGACAUGGCACCCCCCUGCAGAACCCCAAUGUUACGCCUACGCCACUCGCAACAACGAGUACCUGAUGCUCUCGUGUACAUGGGAAGGUGGCUUCCCCAGAGCCCUGCUGUGGUGGUCGUCUGGCAGUGGGGUGACACACGGCAAAUCAGAGGAGAACGCUAACAUCUUAGUGCUGCGCUCUAGCGCCACCUACAGUGGCAAAUCCUUCUUGUGUCACGCUCAGCAUCCACUGAUAGCAGAAAGGAAGACGUGUGUUCUCAAACUCGAGGCUCCAGUGCUCCAGACCCAGCGCAGCUACGUGUCCGUGUACGAGGGCAGUGACGUGCAGCUCACCUGCAUCCUGACGGCCAACUACCCCGCCACCGAGAUCACCUGGUACAACAACCUGAAGCAGCACGUCAUCGAGUCCCCCGCCAAGUACGUCCUGCAGCAGGCUGCAGCCUGGUCCAACCUGACGGUCAAAGAGACGGACAACGUGAGGGACAGCGGCCAGUACUGGUGCUCAGCCACCAACGCCGUCGGGGGAACCGAGAUCCCCAUCCUGUUGCUGGUGAAGAGAUACCCGAUGCCCCCCAACGUGACCAUCAACAAGCUCGUCUACACUAGCACUCAGCGUACAGAGAUUGACAUGGAGUGGUUCACCAAGACAGAGGGGGACACAACAGGCUUCAUCAUCGAGCGCCGUGGGCUGGCACAGCCAGGGGGGAAGAGAGAUGUAGACACCUCAGAGUCCCUCUGGCUAAAGGUGGCCGUCAACCUGGACCCAAGCACCGUGAGCUACAAGAUGAGCGGCUUCGAUCCGCUGGGCACCUACGCUGUGCGGAUCAUGGCUGUCAAUCAUCGCACCAUAGGGCAUCCCUCUGAGGAGAAGACCCCGACUAACCCACCCUUCAAUGACUAUCCGGCGGUGAUUGGGGCAGCCAUUGGAGGCAUGAUUGUGGCAGGAUCCCUAAUGUUCAUUCUCUUCAUAUACAUUCUAAGGAAUCGAAACAACAACCCACGCCUGCACGAGUUGAUCUUUGGCAAUAGGAACAGCAUAUCCAGAGAAAGCAUUAGUACUCCUGAAGAUGAAUAUGUUGGUGGGGUACAAGACGUGGACACCGAACCCAGUCAAGGACCAGAAAUGGAAGCAGCCUCAGGAGCUUCACAGCAAGGCCCUGUGACCGUAUCAUGACAUUUAUGAUGUUUAUUAUGAUGUUACGUAUGAGGGAGUUUUUGUUAAGUUUUGUAUGCAACUGACAGCCAAGGGAUCAACCUUCAUCAUUCACUGUAAAUACCCAGUGUGAUUUCAAAAAAAAAAGAAGUAAUUCCAUUGUUACACUCCUAGGCCGCUAGUAGCAUUCUACACUUCUGAGAGCAGGGCAUUGUACUUUGAUAAUAUUCAUUCAAUUUUGGAGAAUUGAUACCUUAACUGGUCAGGGUUUUUUUAAGCAAAUGUUUUGUUUACAUAUUUGUAUACUGCGUAAAUUAAAAAAAUAUAUACCGGUAAUAACAUUUUGAUAUGGGAAUGUUGGGUACUGAUCAAUUGUGGUCCAGUUUCUACACCAGCAAUCUUUAGUCCUUCUGGUAUUGUUGUUGGAA